AUGGUACUGCUUGAAUCGGACCCCACUUCACCGGCUCCUCGAGCACGACGAGGCGCCAGUCCUCGUCAUCAACAACGUCUACCGCUGUCCGUCGCUAGUCCUGUCAACAACAAGGGAUCUCUCUCUGCUCGAGGACCGCAGAAUUCUGAAAGAAUUUAUGCGAACCUGCGCGAUGGCAUCCAUUUGCAUCGACUUGCUGACGAAUGUCAGUUGAACCACGGGCUAGCGAAGAGCGAAGGUGCUGAUGUCCUUGGCUCUCAAAACUCCCUCGCCAGUGCAAGUUGUAGUACGCUGAACGAAAGAUACGAGGCCGCAGACAUUCGUAAGAUGGCUCGAGAUUUGGAGGGAUAUCGCCACACAAUCAGCAAGCUGACGCGAAAACAAGAGGACUACUCACACGUCAUGGAGAUGUUCCAAAGCAAACUGUCGCAGUUGAGCAAGCAAUGA